CUGCUCCUGGCUGUCCUGCAGCUAGGCUAGUCCGUGAGAACCAUCCCAGAGAAGAGGUUGCUUGGAUGACUGGCUGUGGUUCCCGGGACACCAAGCUUCCAACACCGGAGUGAUGCAGAGGUGGUGAGGACCUGUCUGGAAUCCCCACCUUGCCUGGAGACAGAGCAGGCUGGCUACAAAGUUGGCUAUGUGGCCAGCAGUCUUGUGGACAGCUGGAGCCUGGAGAGACCGUGGAUGCUGAAGUGGGCAUGGAGGUGUCUGUUGACCAGGAGUUCUCUGCAGACCUCAAUGACAACACUUCCACAGUCUACAAGAACUUCAUCAGUUCCUUCCGGGACCAGGUGAAGGAGGUUUACAAAAAUGUGCAGGAGUUCAAGGAUGUGAAGAUCCUGUCCCUGAGGAAUGGCAGCAUCGUGGUGGACUAUCUGGUCCUGGUGGAGCUGCCUUUCAGCUCCCAGCUGGAGAGUGAGUAUGAGAAGGUGAAGACAGUCCUAAAGGAUGAGUUCCAGAGUGUUAACCAGGAUGGGGGAAGCUGCCAGAACGACCAGACCCUGUGUUUUAAGCCUGGCUCCAUCAAGGUGAACAACAACACUAGCACGGAGCUGACCCCGACAGCCAUCUGUCGCCGAGUCGCUGCCAAAGGCUAUGAGGAUUUCUACUUCCCCCUGGACGAGGGGAACAGGCUCCGUUGCGUCACUAAAUGCACGUCGGGCGUGGAGGGCGCCAUCGACUGUCACCAGCGCCAGGGCCAGUGCAUUCUGGAGAAGAGCGGUCCCGCCUGCCGCUGCUUCUCCACGGACACGCACUGGUUCUCGGGCCCGCGCUGUGAGGUGGCCGUCCGCUGGAAGGCUCUGGUCGGCGGCCUGGCUGGGGCCGCGGCGCUGGGGCUGCUGCUGGCGGGGCUGAGCGUCUUCUUCGCGCGCUCGCGGAGGAGCAGCCGAGGCGGAGGCCGGUCCUGGGACGACGACAGGAAAUGGUUUGAGGUCUGGGAUGAGGACCCCGUGGGGACUUUUUCAAACGUGGGCUUCGAGGACUAUUCAGCAGUCAAGGAUGAAAACUUCCAGGUGGCCUUGGGGGACAUAGACACCAAUAUGAAGGUGCAUAUCCAGAGACCUGAGGUGGUCUUGACCUCGCUGUGAGCCCUUCACCUGCCCCGCCAGCAGGAUGGAACCCUCCACGCGGUGACAAUUCCGAGAGACAGCCUGAAGACUGGAGUGCCUCCAUUUACUAGUUUUCUUGGGCAAAAUCAGACCAUCCCCUGACCCCCAUCCUUCUCCCAACUUGUGUGAAACCUAACUGGAGAUCCAGUUCAAAUCGAAGGUUUUCUAUGGUGGGACCUUGGGGGAGUCAGUAACUUCUCUGAACCUGUAAAAUGAGUAUAGCAUCCUCCUCCAGUGGUUGUCAAACCCAUGUGCUCUGUCAGAUCUCUCUCCCUUCACGCCUUCCCUGUGCUUACCUGCUCUCUCUCAUCCCCACUCCCCAAACCCCCUCUGGUCUCUGGCCUCAGCCUCUGCUCUCCUUGAGCACCCCUACUGCCCGCUCCCCACCCACAUCUGUGGCUAGGCUGCAGUCCCUCCUACCUCUGCCAGCCUCUAUGGAAACCCUGCUGCUCAGCUGGCUCCCAGUCCUUAAAUCCACCGAACCCAUUCCUCCCCAACACCCCAGGGCCCCACCCUGCACCUCCCCCGGUUUCCUAUUGUCCCCUUCCUCAGCAACCCUCAACCCUAAACCCUUAGCCCCCCCCCACUCCAGUGCCCCCAUCCCAAAUCUUCCCUCCUCCCCCAGCUCCCCAGCCCCUAGUUAGGUGCAGAUGCCCCAUGCCUCUUGGAACUCCCAACCGCUGCUCCCCAUGCCCUGGCCCCCCAUUCUGAGGCUCCAUCCCUUCCUGUUGUCCCAAGGGCCCUGGACCCCUUGGAUGGGGGUGGGACAUGGGUGGGGGUGGGACGUGGGUUUCCUCCAGUCCCCAUGGAUGAGGAGAAGUGGGGCCCUGAGGUGAGGAAGCUCCCUGGGUCCCUCGUCCUCGCCCUCCCCUUCCCUUACUGCCUCCCCCCUCCCGCACUUCCCCGCUCCUCCUUCCCCUUCCUCUCCCUGGCCCUGCGUGCAUCCCUGCGGGAACCUCUGAGGCCAGAAGCUCCCAGCUCCCUUUUGCAGGAAGCUCUCAUCUGGGAACAGGAAGCCUGUGUGUCUCCAAUUCUCUCAUGUGAACACAAUGUAACAUUUAUUAUAAAAGAA